AUUUACUUAAAAGUAUUAAGAUAAAUUAUUAUUAAAAUUGUUGAAACAAAAGCAAUAAAAUAUUAAUGUUAUGGUUGUAUUGGGUGGUUUGAGUCGGUUGUUGCUAAACAACAAACUAUUACAAACAUGUUUAGUUGGGUUAUCGAGUAUAUUCUUUUUUUCGGGUAGUAAAAAAAGUGAUGGAUUCACUUCAAUAAGUCAAUAUAUAAAAAUGAGCUGGUCAUCAAGACCUGUAAUGAUUAGUCUGUCGUUAACAGGUGUCUUGGUUGGAUUAUAUUAUUAUUCGUGUGAAGAAGAUGAUUCUAAAGAUUCAUUGCGACAAGUCAUAACUAUUAAAGUAGGAAUACCCAGUGAUGUGGCACUAGAAUUAGCAUGUUUCGGUGGAAUUGAACACAUCGAGAAGUUUACUUCAACGAGAAUAAUAUUAUCCAAUGAUAAUAUUAAUGGACAGAGAAUCUGCUCUAUAACGGGAAAGUCCCAGUGUGUAGAACAUGCAAAAUCUCUGUUUUUUAUUAUCGCCGAAGAAGUACGCUUAAAUUCCAGAAAAAACAAUCUUAAAAACAGUCAAUUGUCACGGCAGGUCGAGUGAGUGUAAUCAACACGAUACAGUCGAUAUCUAACGCUAAGUUGAUUAUAGCAGAGUUAUAUCUGUACUGGAAAUAAGUGCUUCCAUAUUAAAGGAACUCCUGAUCAAACCGAAUGCGCUGUUUAUUAUAUUACAAGCUCUCCAGAAAAUUAACGCUAGAAAAACUUAGAGUUAGUCCGAGCUCACGAUCUCUACGAAGCAGAAUUUCUCGUAGACCUGCAGUUAAGGCUGAUAACUCUGCUCAAACUAUCAAGUCUCCUUCUUCACAAGGUGAUUUUACUGACUGGUGCCGUCAUUAAUCUCUGUCUGUUUUUUAAAAGACUGAAAUAAACUUCUUAUCUCUUAAACAUCUAUUUAGAUACAAGUCAUUAAUAAAUAAUCGAAAAAAAAUAAUAAUAAUAACAAUAAUAAAAUAAUUAUAGGAAAAAGAACUAUAUUAAUAAAAAUAUUUAUUAUAA